AUGAUGGGCGAUUCUUCAAGCCCAGUGGAGUUCUAUGAGGACAGUGCAUCCCUGCUUUCCUUGGAUUCCAGCGUCUUCUUCAGCCAGCCUGCUCCGUCAAGUGAUGACACACUGGACUUCUUCAUCAUUAAUGUUGGAGGCAGUCGCUACAUCCUCUCCCAGGAGCUGCUGGCGUCUCACCCGGAGACCAGACUGGGCAAGCUGGCCCUUUCCAACCGUGACUCAGCUUUGGACCUGUGUGACGAUGCAGACUUGUUGGAGAAUGAGUUCUUCUUCGAUCGUAACUCUCAGACCUUCCAAUAUAUUAUGAACUUCUACAAGACAGGUCACUUGCAUGUUAGAGAGGAGUUGUGUGUUGUAUCGUUUUUGCAGGAAAUUGAGUACUGGGGCAUUGAUGAACUCCGCAUAGACCCAUGUUGCAGGGACAAGUACUACCGCAGGAAGGAGAUGAAAGAGUCUCUGGAUAUACGCAGAGACGUGGAGGUGAUGGACAACGAUGAGGAGGAUUUUUCUGGAGUGCUGUGCCAGGACCUCCGGCAGCGACUCUGGGAUCUCAUGGAGAAGCCUGACUCCUCAGCAGCAGCAAAGACUUUUGGGACAUUGUCUGUGUUCUUUGUGGUUGUGUCUAUUGUGAACAUGGCUUUGAUCUCACUAGACUUCACUAUUCUUGGGCCACCUUUCCUGGAUGCACUGGAGUACAUCUGCAUUGUGUGGUUCACUGGUGAACUUGUUCUUAGGUUCAUGUGUGUCAAGGACAAGUGCAAGUUCAGCAAAAGUGUGGUAAACAUCAUUGACCUGCUCGCCAUCCUUCCUUUCUAUGUCACUCUGGCAGUGGAAAGCUUGCAUGGGGGCUCCACAGAGCUGGAGAAUGUUGGUCGGGUCGUGCAAGUCCUGCGGCUGAUGAGAUCACUCCGAAUGCUGAAACUAGGGCGACAUUCCACAGGUCUGAAGUCCUUGGGAAUGACUAUUGCCCAGUGUUAUGAGGAGGUCGGCCUGCUGAUGCUGUUCCUCUCAGUUGGCAUCUCCAUCUUCGCCACGGUGGAGUACGCCGUGGAGCACGAUACCCCAGAGACCACCUUUACCAAUGUGCCCUGCGCCUGGUGGUGGGCCACCACGUCCAUGACCACUGUGGGUUACGGCGACAUCAGGCCGGAUACCACAGUGGGCAAGAUCAUUGCCUUCAUCUGCAUCCUGUCAGGCAUCCUGAUCUUGGCACUGCCCAUUGCCAUCAUCAACGACCGUUUCUCCGCUUGCUACUUUACACUGAAGAUGAAAGAGGCGGCCCUGCGACAUGGGGAGGCCCUCAAACGGCUUACACGGAACUCCGCGUCGGACAUGACUACGCUGGGGGUUAACCUGCGGGAUGCGUACGCCCGCAGUGUGAUGGAGAUGCUGCGUCUUCAGGGCAGAGAGAGAGCCAGCACACACAGCAGUGCAGGUGACGACCCAUGGUGGUAG